UUUGCCUUGGAUUUCCGGUGCCGCAUGCGCAUCAAUUCAACAAGUACAUUCCACAACAUUGGAACCGUCGAAGAUGGCUUCAAAUAUGAAGCGCAUAUUCAGCUUGCCUGAUCGAGCUCACGGGCUUGGACCGAUUACUUACGCCUGGCAAAGAUCGCAUGGAAAUUAUCUGGCGUCGACUGGGACUGAUUCCACAGUGAAAAUCUUUGACCGUCAUGGAGAUAUGAAGGGUAUCUUCACCUUACCUGGGCGCUGCACGGGCCUGGGCUGGGACUCGGAUGGAGACACUCUGGCCCUGAUCUGUGAGAACUCCACGGGAAUCUUCCUCUGGGACACCAGCACUCAGAGGUUCACUCAGAUUGACAGCGGACUCAAAGAUCCCAUGACCUUCCUCAUGUGGUCAAAGUUCGGAGCUCUUCUUGCAGUUGGCACAUCCAAAGGAAACUUGCUCAUAUACGACCAUAAAACAUCCAGAAAAAUCCCCAUCAUCGGCAAACACACCAAAAAGAUUACGUGCGGUGCGUGGAGCGCGGAGAAUCUCUUGGCGCUGGGCAGCGAGGACCGAACCAUCACCAUCAGUAACGCAGACGGCGACACGCUACGACAGACACAGUUGAGAGCCGAACCUUCGGACAUUGAGUUCUCAGAGAUGAAGGGAGAUGAGAGGAGUUCGAUCGGCGAAAAUACUGUGAGUGUGAACGUGGCCAAGAAGACGUUGUUCCUGUUCAACAUCGACGACCCGGACAAUCCAAUAGAACUGGCCUUCCAGCAGAGAUAUGGAUCCAUUGUGGCUUACAAAUGGUUUGGAGAUGGUUACAUCUUGAUAGGCUUUUCACAGGGAUACUUUGUUGUCAUAUCAACCCACAUGAAAGAAAUUGGCCAAGAACUGUUCCAGGCGAGGAACCACAAGAACAACCUGACAAGCAUCGCCAUCUCCACGGCCCUAGGGAAGGCCGCCUCUUGUGGGGACAACUGCAUCAAAAUCCACGACCUGACGGACCUGAAGGAGAUGUACGCCAUCAUCACGCUGGACGAGGAGCGCAGCCUGGACGCCAUCUCCUGGAGCGAGGACGGUCAGCUGCUGGCCGUGUCCACGCCACGCGGCAACCUACACGUCUACCUGGCGCGUCUGCCCAUGCUGGCCGCCACCAACCAGACGCGCGUCGCUCACCUCACCUCUCUGCUGGAGGUCACCAUCGAAGACAACAUUGCCCAGGAUGAACCACUAGCCAUCCAAGUGGAAGUGGAGCCUUCGUACGUGGGGAUCGGUCCGUACCACGUCGGUGUGGGCAUGAACAACCGAGCCUGGUUCUACCUGUUUGGAGACAACGGCCCGGAGCAGAUGAAGGACAGCCGGGAGUACCUGGGCACGGUGCAGUCUCUCUACAUGAACGCCGACUAUGCUGCUGUCAGCUUUGAGGGGAAAAUCCAGCUCCAUAUGAUUGAGGGUGAAGCAGCCGGUGCGUCAGAUGAGAGGGAGUCGAGACUGUUUCCUGACCCCGACCAGAAAAACUGCAAGAUCACCACGCACGCCAUGACGCCAGAUUUCUUAAUCUACGGCACUAGUCUGGGUGGCAUCCAUUACUUCUUCAUCGAGGACUGGAACUUUGUGGUGGAGCAUCGCCACAUGGCGGGGAUCAGAAAGCUUUUCCCAGACGCCGUGGGCUCGCACGUCGUGUUUGUGGACGAGAAAAGUGAUGGCUACGUCUACAACGCUGCUGACGACACGGUGAUCACCAUACCGGAAUUUUCCCCGAUGAUUCAGGGGGUCUUGUGGGAGAACUGGCCACUGGACAAGGGCGUGUUCAUCAGCUAUGACGCGGAGAAGAUCUACACAUACGUGUACUGCCGGGACUCUGUGCAUGGCAGCAGAGUUCUGUUUGCUGGAUUCACCAAGCUUCCCUACGGUCAGAUCCCCGUUCUGCUGUACAAUGGGGAGGUAACUCUCCAGACUCCCAGUGGCAAACUGGCAACUCUUCUCCUGGCGACUCACACACACGUCUUCAACGAGAACCCGACGGAACUUCCACCAAACGACUUGAAGACGGCAGCCCAGCAGUGCAUCCAGCUCAGAAGGUUCAAGGACGCGUGGAUUUACUGCACCAUCUUGAACAAGAAGGACAUGUGGCAGGAGGUCGGGAGAGCUGCCCUAGAGAGCAUGGAGCUGGACUUUGCGAUUCGAGUGUACCGGGAGGUAGGAGAUGUUGGCAUGGUUUCCUCGCUGCAGAAAAUCAAGACGACGGAGGACAAGAACCAGCUGUGUGGCUACAUCGCUAUGUUCCUCGGGGAGUUCAACCUGGCUCAGGAUCUCUUCCUGGCCUCACAGUGUCCACUGGCUGCUCUCGAGAUGCGUCGCGACCUCCUCCACUGGGACAGCGCGCUACAGCUGGCCAAAGCGCUGGCACCGGAGCAGAUCCCGUACAUCUCCCGUGAGUAUGCGCAACAGCUGGAGUUCACGGGCGACUACAUGAACGCACUCUCGCACUAUGAGAAGGGGGUCACGCAGAACGAGGCAGAGCGAGAGCACGACGAGGUGUGUGCGGCAGGGAUUGCGAGGAUGUCUCUGCGGGUCGGAGAUUUGAGGAGAGGUGUGUCUAUGGCUCUGAAAAUGCCCAGUAAGAUUCUGAAAAAGGAAUGUGCUCAGAUUCUGGAGAGUAUGAAGCAAUGGACCGAGGCGGCCCAGUUGUAUGAGCAGGGCCAGUACUACGACAAAGCCGCAUCUGUCUACAUCAGAGGCAAAAACUGGGGCAAGGUGGGGGAGCUACUGACCAAGAUUACGUCUCCCAAGAUCCACGCCCAGUACGCCAAGGCCAAGGAGGCAGACGGCCGGUACAAGGACGCGGCUGAUGCCUACAAGAUAGCCAAAGAAUGGGUCCCCAGAAUCAACCUGGACCAUCUACAGAACCCCGAGGAGGCCGUGAAGAUUGUGAGAGAGACGCAAUCGGUCGAGGGAGCCAAGAUGGUCGCCAAAUUUUUCCAGAAGCUCAACGACUACGGCUCUGCCAUCCAGUUCCUGGUCAUGUCUCACUGCAACGACGAGGCCUUCCAGCUGGCUCAGCAACAUCGGCAGAUGGAGAUAUAUGCAGACAUCAUUGGUUCCGAUGCGACGCCGGAGGACUAUCAGAGCAUCGCCGUCUACUUCGAGAAUGAAAAGAAUCACUUCCUGGCUGGAAAGUUUUUCCUGCUGAGUGGCCAGUACUCUAAAGCUAUGAAACACUUCCUCAAGUGUAACGCCGAGGACGGCCAGGCCAUAGAGCUGGCCAUCGAGACGGUGGGCCGUGCCAACGACGAUGUGCUGACCAAGCAGCUGGUGGACUUCCUCAUGGGCGACGUCGACGGCUCGCCGAAGGACGCCAAGUACUUGUUCCGGCUGUACAUGGCGCUCAAGAAGUUCGGAGAGGCUGCCCGGACCGCCAUCAUCAUCGCCCGAGAGGAGCAGAAUGCAGGAAAUUACCGCAACGCCCACGACGUUCUGUUCAGCAUGUACCAGGAGCUCAAGCAGAACAAGAUCAAGAUCCCGGCUGAGAUGGCCACAAAUCUGAUGAUUCUGCACAGCUACAUUUUGGUUAAGAUCCACGUGAAGAGGGGUGACCACCUGAAGGGGGCGCGCAUGCUGAUCAGAGUGGCCAACAACAUCAGCAAGUUCCCUUCCCAUAUCGUCCCUAUCCUGACCUCCACCGUCAUCGAGUGCCACCGGGCUGGGCUGAAGAACUCCUCCUUCAGUUACGCAGCCAUGCUGAUGCGGCCGGAAUACCGCAACGACAUCGACCUCAAGUACAAGCGGAAGAUCGAGAUGAUCGUGAGGAAGCCGGACAAGACGGAGGAAGAGGAGCCUCUGACCCCGUGCCCCGUCUGUGGUUUCCAGCUGCCCGAGACGGAGCUUCUGUGUCCUGACUGCAAGAACAACCUGCCUUACUGUCUGGUCACGGGCCGUCACGUGAUGAGAGAUGACUUCUGCGUCUGCCCAAGCUGUGAGUUUCCUGCCAAUCUCUCCGAGUACAUCAAACACUUGGAGACAGAAGAGACGUGCCCAAUGUGCAGCGAGCGGGUGAUCCGAGAGAACCUGCAGAAGGUGGCAGACCCUCACAAGUACAUCUACCCAGACACAGAGGCCACCUCACAGGAGCAGUGAGGGAUGAGAUGGAGAGAGAUUUUGGGUGGGGGGGGGGAAUGAGAAGCGGGGAGAUGGAGCAGAGGCAUUCAAACAUUUUUUUGCUUUUUUAUCUGUAUAUAAAGAUCUGAAUAUAGAUAUAUAUUUGUGUGUGCGCCUUGAGAAAGGUACCAAACGUCGCCCCUGACCGCUUCGAGCU